UUUACGUUUCUGCGUUUUUUUUCUCCCAAGGUUUGCAGACGAAGGGACGCGGCCUGGAGGUUUUGGUUUUGUCCAAACAAGCGGCGAGAACUGCGUUCCGGCCGAGCUCUUUCAAAAUGAACCUAAACUACACAUCUCCGGGCGCGCAGAUGCCCAGCCAGAGGUCAACGUCUUUCUUCAUUGAAGACAUUUUGCUCCACAAACCGAAGCCUUUGCGGGAUGUUUUUCCGUCGCCUUUUUCAAACUCGCUCGCAUCUCGGAUGCCACUGCUCGAAUACGGAUACCCGCUCAUGCCCACCCCGAUCCUCGCCUCCCACCCGCACCAUCCGCUGCACAAGCCCGAGCAUCAUCCCUACUUCUUCACCUCUGGAGUGCAGAUGCCAUCGUUGUUCCAGCAUCACCCGGAGCUGCCCGGGAAGCACUGCAGGCGUAGGAAAGCGCGCACCGUCUUCUCGGACUCGCAGCUCUCUGGACUGGAGAAGCGUUUUGAAAUGCAGCGGUAUCUCUCAACCCCGGAGCGCGUGGAGCUGGCCACAGCACUCAGCCUCUCAGAAACACAGGUGAAAACUUGGUUUCAGAACCGAAGAAUGAAGCAUAAAAAGCAAUUAAGGAAAACGCAGGAAGAGCAGAAGACACCAGGGGAUUCGGACAGAUCUCUGGAGAACUCGAGCGCCAGCGAGCUGCACGAUAAAAGCGCAGGAGACGCAAAAGACGCAAUGAGUCCGGACAGAUACACGGUGGACGAAAACGAAGACGAUGUCGAUAUUGAGGACGACAUUUGCUCCCCUGAACAUUUACUAUAGACCGAAUAACAAUGAACUAAAUCGCCCAUGUACAUAUCGAUUACUGAAUUUUUAGAUAGUAAAUUCUAUUUAGAUUUUUUUUCUUUUUAUAUUUAAAUUAAUAAUCAUUUAAAACUAUAUUAUUCAAGCGCUUAUGACAUUGCGUUAUCAGCUGAAUGACUCAUGAUUCCAGGUAGCUUCGUCCAGGAAGAAUUGCUAUUAUUAUUAUUAUUAUUAUUAUUAUACCACCACCAAUCUUUUCGCCCAUCUGACGACAAAAAUGAAAGGAUCAGGUUUGAAAUAUCACAAGCCACAGUGACUUUUUGUGAAUAUGGGAGGGGAGUAAAUAUUGUAUUUGACAAUCUGUAAAUAUUAUCACGGUAUAUAGCACUUGUUCAAUUUACACUGUAUAAUUGAGCACGCGCGCAGCAGUGACUUGGGGAUGUUUUUGACGCAUCAUAUCCAUCAACUCUAAAACUGUGAUGUGUCUCUUGUUAAUGCAAAAAUGUUAAAAAAAAAUAUGUACAGUAAAAUAAUUAUCAAAGAAA